AUGUCGUUUGCUGGCUAUCUAUUUGGCAACGUCGACGAGGAAGGAAGGCUUGACAAUGACCUCGAUGAGGAAUUGCGGGAGUCUUUGCAACAUGUCGACUCUGGUGUCAUGUCCAAGAUUUUCAACACGGAUACGUUUGGCAUUCCCCAAGAACAUGAGGAUAACGACGAUGCAGCACACGCCACCUCUUAUCAAGCACCAGCGACAGAGCAUGCAAAAGACGCUAUCGACUAUUCCGAUUUUAAUGAGGCUGUACCGGAUGAUCAGCUCUUUUCGAACAAGUAUUAUCAACGUGGUAUGGGCGUACUACAAACCAAGACCCUGCCUUCUUCUCGUUUACGCGUCAUCAGUGAUGAUUAUGAUGAGGAGGGGGAGGAUGAAUCAGUCACUGAUAUCAAACCCGAACCUGUGUCCGAGCAACCAUCAUCAUCAUCCAAUAUCCAUGCAUUAAACGCACCACCGACAACAUCCGCUCCUCCUCCUGCUCCUCCUACUCAGCCAGUGGAUAUCAAGGAAUUGUUCCCGGCAUUUGAACAUGACAAAGUCCUCAAAUUCUCAGAGCUCUUCAUGACCAAAUUACAACCCUCAUCCAAGCUUCAACCCAAUAAACGAGUCAUCUUCAACGAUGGUUAUGAAUAUGAAGUGGAACGUGAUGAUCAGACCUUGUUUUCACGCGUUGCCAAAAAGAACCGAGGCCGGCAAUCAGAUCAAGGCAAAGCGACCAAACGUCGGAAGAUUGACCCUAUCGAGCACCAUUUUUUACAAUUGGAUAAGGAUGACAGUGAAUACUACUCUGAAUCGACAAGCGAAGAUGAAGAGGGUUAUACCCUACUGGAUGUUGACAUGCCAGCAUCGGUCGAGAACAGCCAAAUGUAUCAUUCAAUCAUGCUGGAGCCUUGGGAAGAUCAUAUUCAAUGGGAUGAAAAGGAGGAUCAGGAGAAUAGACCACAGAUCAUGGAAGAAGCCGAGCCUGUUGUGAAAAAGCACAUUAAUCAGCAAUUGGAUGAUGGCGAAUGGCUUGAUGCCGUGAUUUGGGAUAAGGAAAAGCCGAAUCCAGCUUAUCUCAAGAUUGAUUUGGAUCUCAACGACCCCAACAUGCUAUUCGAUUGCGAACAAGUGGAAGCUGCCAAAACGAAGAUUGUGGAGGCUAAGCAAGUCAAAAAAGGAAGAAAGCCUUUACCAAAGCCAUUGCCCAAAAUACCCAUUGUUCAUAGCACAAAUGAACCAAACAACAAGCUUCCCAUCAACCGCUUCAAUCUCUCCAACGACAAGUUCUAUGACUCGCACUAUACUGGACGUCUUGUUCGUGUACGACAAACAUUGGGUCAAUUGGUUGUUCAACAUGCCACACCAGCAUUGAAGCUUCAUCCUCAAUUGUACAAGCCAAAGCUGUCAAAAGCCGAAUUACGCUCUUUCCAUCGCCCACACUUUCAGAUGCCAAUCAAUACCGACAUUCACUUUUCUCGGGUGACUAAGAGCAGCAAAAAGAAAAAAAAAGACAAAAAGCGUGGCUAUGUCGAUGCCUUCCGUACCACGAGGGAUCUUUCACUCAAAGACACAGCACCUUACGUUUUAUUCGAGUUUUCGGAAGAGCAUCCUCCCAUCAUCUCAAACGUUGGCAUGGGGACGCUGAUCAUCAAUUAUUAUCGCAAGAAGGAGACAAAGGAUGACCAUAUUCCUACGAGCGAUAUUGGUGAACCCUUUGUUUUGGAUAUUGGAGACACAUCGCCCUUUAUGAAUUUUGGUGACGUUGAGCCUGAGCAAACAAUGACCGUUCUCUACAACAACCUGAUGCGAGCACCUUUAUUCCGACAUGAUGUCAAGACAACGGAUUUUCUACUUGUCAAGAGCACGUUCAUGGGCCAUACCAAGUUUUACAUUCGAGAGAUACCAGUCAUGUUUUUGGUGGGACAAACCUAUCCGGUGCAGGAGGUGCCUGGUCCUCAUUCACGCAGGGUGACAACCACAAUCAAGAAUCGAUUACAAGUGGUAGCCUAUCGCUUGAUCAAAAAGAACCCUCUUCAUCGGCUCAAGAUGCACCGACUUGCUCAAAAGUUUCCUGAAUACUCAGAUAUCCAAAUCCGUCAACGUCUCAAAGAAUUUCUCGAGUUUCAUCGAAGGAGCAAAGACGGCGGUGGUGGUUAUUGGAAACCAAAAGGCAACAACGGUGAACCUCCCUCUGAAGAAGAUUUGCGCAAAAUGGUCACCCCUGAAAUGGUUUGCUUGUAUGAAAGCAUGCUUGUGGGCGAACGUCACUUGUCGGAUUUGGGUUAUGGCGACGUGGGCGAUGAUGAUGAGAUUGGUGAAGGUGACUCGAAGCUGGAGAUUGAGCAACAACUAGCACCCUGGUUUGCUACCCGCAACUUCAUCAAUGCUACUCAGGGCAAAGCUAUGCUUAAGCUUUAUGGCGCAGGUGAUCCAACAGGUCGUGGUGAAGGUUUCAGUUUCAUUCGUGUAUCAAUGAAGGAUAUCUUCUUACGGGCGGGAGAAUCAGCUGAAGAGAAAUUAGCUCAAAUUGAAGCGCGUCCCAAAAGUGCUCAUCGUUACAACGUGGCGGAACAACAACAAAUCUAUAAAGAAGAGAUUGCACGAAUCUGGAAAGCACAACUUGAUGCGUUGUCAUCCAAAGAAGAGCCAGAGCUAUCAGAUCAUGAAGGUGAAGGCGAUGAUGAUACUUCUCAAGCUGCCGAUAGCCCCAUGACGGCAUCUCCUGCACCCUAUGGUCGACGAUACGAGCGUUCACAAUCCGAAGCCAUUGAGGAUGAUGAGCUAUCAGUUACUGGAAGCUUAAGCUCAAGGUCCAAUUAUCAAAUCGACAAUGCAAACAAAUACCUCGUGAUCCGACGACUCAUUCGGCAACCUAAUGGAGAAAAGACUUGGCAUGAAGAAGUUGUCCGUGACCAGGUAGUGAUCAAAUCCUAUUUACGUCAACGUCAAAUGAUUGAAGAGGAGGCUACGAGUGCCGAAACGCUCGAGCCAACAGGUGACACAGAAAAGAAUGCACGCAUGAAAAAGCGAAUCCAGGAUCAACUUGCCAAAUUGAAAAAGAAUGCUGAACGACGACGUCAACGCCAACUUGCCAAGCAAGCCGCAUUAGCUGAAAACCCCGUCCUUGGAUUGAUUCGUGGCAAGCGUGAAGGAGCUAUGCGUCGUUGUGGCAAUUGUGGACAACUUGGACAUAUGAAAACCAACAAGAAUUGCCCCAUGUUUUACAUUGUCAAUGGCAGAAAUGGACAACCACCGCCUAACAACCAACAACAACCAUCCACACCGACAUCGUCAACAACAACAGCAGCAGGCCCUUCAUCACAAGACUCACCUUCAAGUAAUAACACAAACAACAUGCCACCACCCCCACCACCACCUGCAAUACCAUCCACUUCUCCAUAG